AAAAAAUUUUCUCUUUCUUUGAUGGCUUCGGAAAGAACGGAGGAACAAAAACGAGAACUUUAUGCACCUUCUCUGUGGCGUAGACGUACAUAUAACGGGACUCUUAGUAUGCACACUUAUAUGUUGCAAAUUUCUGCUAUUUAUCAAUGCACAAAGGAUUGGUUGAAAGAAGUGUUGGGACGUAGAAAUAAAUAAAAUAUUUUUUGAAGGAUGUG